UCCUGCAAAAACAAGGCACAGAAGUGGGGACCAAGAUGAAGAUCUUGCCCUUCCUCUGCUUGUUCUCUCUAGCGUCCUCUUCUGCUUUUCCUGCAGAUCCCAAGAGGGAGCAUGAAGAAAGCAGGCAGCUUGCUCAGGCAUAUUUAGGACAGUUCUAUACACUUGAAACAGAAGGGAGUCAUCUUGUUCAAAACAAGAGCAACGUAUCCUUAGAUGGAAAACUCCGGGAAAUGCAAGCAUUUUUUGGAUUGACAGUGACUGGGAGACUUGACUCUAACACCCUUGAGACCAUGAAACAGCCCAGAUGUGGGAUGCCUGAUGUGGGUCAAUAUGGCUAUAUUCUACCUGGGUGGAGAAAACACAGCCUCACAUAUAGGAUAUUGAACUAUACUCCUGAUAUGGAAAAUUCUGAUGUGGAUGAAGCCAUCCAAAAAGCUCUGGAAGUGUGGAGCAAGGUGACCCCACUAACAUUCACCAGGAUUUCCAAAGGCAUUGCUGACAUCAUGGUUGCUUUUAGGACCAGAGCCCAUGGUAAAUGUCCGCGGCAAUUUGAUGGUCCACUAGGAGUGCUGGGCCAUGCUUUUCCUCCUGGCUGGGGAAUUGGUGGAGAUACCCACUUUGAUGAAGAUGAAAAUUGGACCAAAGAUUCAAGUGGAUUCAAUUUGUUUCUUGUAGCUGCUCAUGAGUUUGGCCAUUCCCUGGGCCUCUCUCAUUCCAACGAUCCAAGUGCCUUGAUGUUCCCAAAUUACGCCUUCACUGAUCUCAGCAAAUCUCCCCUUUCUCAGGAUGAUAUCAAGGGCAUUCAGGCCAUCUAUGGAUCCUCACCUAAGGUAUCUGCUAAGCCAAAGAGACCCACUAUCCCCCAAGCCUGUGACCCUAAUUUGACUUUCGAUGCUGUCACCACCUUCCGUAGAGAAGUAAUGUUCUUUAAAGACAGGCAUUUGUGGAGAAUUUAUCUUGAAGUCUCAGGAGUUGAAUUUGAAUUAAUCUCUUCAUUUUGGCCAUCUCUACCAGAUGGUAUUCAAGCUGCAUAUGAAAAUAACAGGGAUGAAACUCUGAUUUUUAAAGAUGGACAUUUCUGGAUCAUCAGUUCAAAUGCCAUUCUGCCAGGUUAUCCCAAACCCAUCUACAACCUUGGCUUUUCAAGGCGCACACAAAAGAUAGAUGCUGCUCUCUUUAACAGGAACACAGGAAAAACCUAUUUCUUUGUUGAAGAUAAGUACUGGAGAUAUGAUGAAAUAAACCAAACCAUGGAAAAAGGUUACCCUAGACGAAUAUCAGGACUCUUUCCAGGAAUUGGCCUCCCAGUUGAUGCUGCAUUCCAGUAUAAGAGAUUCUUCUAUUUCUUCAGUGGGACAAAACAAUUUGAGUUUAACCCUUAUACCAAGAAUAUUACUCGAGUUUUGGAGGCCAACAGCUGGUUCAAGUGUCAAAAAACAUUCAACUCAUCACCUUAUUAUGGUUUUAGCCAGGAAAACAAUUCAAAUUCAAAAUCAAUGCAAGUGAUUUCUCAACAGAGUUUUAUAUUAGUUAUUUACUGUAUCACUUAUCUGCUGACAGAAAUCUACAGUUGAUGGAAGAGUUGUCAAAUAAUAGAUGGGGAAGGGAUUUCAAAAAGUCAUCAAUUCUAGACUUGUGCCCCAAAAUAUUCCUGAAUCAUUCCUGAUGGAUAGCCAUAAAUCCUUUCCUUAAAGACUAAGGAUGGUGACUCUACGUCCUUUGGGAGUUACCAGGUUCAGUGUUUUAUUAUGCUUACUGUUAAGUUGUUCUUAAAUCUCCCAUAUGACAAUCCCAGUACUUUGUUGGCAUAAAGAAGACUCGAGUAAGUGACUAAUAAUGACCAAAUACUAACAACAUUUAUUAAGCAAAACUCAGAAUUGUUUUUCAACUAGAUCAAAUAACCCCAAUCUAACUAUAACUUACAUGUGUUAAAACUGAGUAAUAUGCAAAUUGCAAGCGUGUGUACAUGAACAAUAGAUAUUUGAUUUGAGGCAUGUGAAUGUGAAGAGUGUCCUUUCUCAUAUUUAUCAUUUCUCUUAUAAACCAUAUUCUUGGAUACCCUUCAAAUUCUAAUAAUAACUGACGUUCAUAGAGUGCUCUAAAGUUGAAAGUUGCAAAGUGCUUUACAUAUAUUUUAUCACUUGAACCUCAUGAUAACCCUAUGAGAUAGGUACUACAGGUAUUAUCAUCCCUAUUUUAUGAUGAGAAAAUGGAGGUUCAGAAAAUUUAAGUGACGACCAAAAUCACACAACUGGUUAACCAGCAGAGGCAAGAUUUCAACUGUGGUCCUUCUGAUUCUACAUCUAGCAUUUUUUUGCCCUCUAUCACACAAAUUUCUACAGCAAGUUCUCUAUCUCUAGCAUUUAUUUUUUCAUACUAUUAGUCACCAACCUAAAUUCUAGUUCUUUUCUUAGUAGCAAAGCUCUCAAUGCAUUAUCUUGGAAGAUGUGAGAAUCUCAUUCUCAUUUAAUGUUAAUUGGGUGUGGAUAUAGGAACUACAAACCACUAGAGACAGUACAGAAACUGAAAAAUGUCACAGGUGCUAUAUACAUUUUCACGAGACUCAUUCUUACUUCUUCUCUAAAUAGUUAUUUUCCCUGAGACCAGAAUUUUUCCAACUACCAAAGACAUUUUAGUGAGUUCCAUGUAAAUAUACAUAACUCACAUUUCUGCAUAGCUGAACAGGUUGAUAGAAUAUAUUCCUUACUACAACCAUGUAAGGUAGGUAGUGGAAAUGUAGUUAUUCCCAUUUUACUAAGAAGGAAUAAGGAAACUGAGUCUCAAAAUGGUGAAGUGACUAGUCAAAGUGAGAAACCAGGCCUUGAACCCAGAUUUUUUUAGUAGAAAUUCACUAUUCAUUAUGCCGCACUGCUGCCUAUAAAACUUUGCACCACCUGCGAAGUGAAAAAUGUUUUUAUAAACAUAAUGUCUCUCUUAUUAGGCACUCAAUAAAUAUUUGUUGAAUGAGUGGUUUUGUUUUUGUUAUCAUGGAAUGGGGAAGGGAGAGAGGGAGAGAGACUUACAGACUCAAUAAAAGAACAUGAAUGUAGAUGAAUGUAGAGUUGGAAAGAAUCACAGAUGUCAUUUUGUAUAACCUCAUUUUAUAGCUAAGGAACUGAGGCUCAAGGAGACUAAUCAUCUGAAGGUCCUCUGACUUUAACUCAGUACUUUUCCCAGCAAACUGUACUCUUUUCCACAUAUAGGUGUUACUAUCCCCAAAGCUAAUUAAUCUGGUGAGUAUCUGAAAUUCCAGGCAGCUAUUCUUAACUUUAAAGAAAGAGAAUCUUCAUAGGAAAUAUCAAGAAUGAUACAAGAGGGUCAAUCUCUUGGAAUAUUAGAGGAUCACACAUUAAGAGCUAGAAGAAACCUUGGAGUUCAUCUUGUCCAAAAUCUCUCAUUUUUCUGAUUAGAAAACAGACCCAGAGAGCUUAAAAGACUUAGCCAAUGUCACAGAGGGAGUAAUUGGCAGAGCCAGUAUUGGUACCCAGGUUCUCAGACUUUAAAUCCCUCCUUCUUUCCCCUUUACCACUCUGACUCCUACUAUUUAUUUCUGCUAAAAAUCCAGACAUAUCACUGCAGAUUUCUAAUAUAGAUCUAAAUAUUAGAACAAUUAGAAUGGCAGGUGGAAUAGUAGAUAAAUCAUUGAGCCUGCAGUCAUAAAGACCUUAGUUUAACUAUGACCUCAGAUAUUUACUAGCUGUGUGACCUUGGGUAAAUUACUUAAAUUCUA